AUGGGACUCAAGAGAAAGCCCUCGACUAGCUUAUUCGAACUCCUCGAGGGUCAACCAGGGAAGGGUGCGCAGGCAACGCCGCAACCCAAUGCUCCUUCCCCACCACCUCCGCCCCAGGCUAUCCAGAUUAGGUCAUCCUCCACAAAGUCACAGCCACAAUCCCCCCGCCCCAAACUUCCUUCUUCUCCCCAACCAGUUCUGCCUCCUCGGCCGGAGAGCACUAAUUCAAAGAGAAAGAGGAGUCCCAAGGGCAAGGAAACCAUGGAUGGGGGAAAAUCUCAACCUUCUAAGGAGAGGGAGGAAGCCCCGCGUGCAAAACAAUUGAAGAUUGGGCACCAAAGUAAGGGUAAGGAGACCGAAGCCCAAUCUUCCCAAGGCAAGGGAAAGGGGAUCGAGGCCCAAUCCUCGCCAAGCGCCUGGCUUCCCGCUCCAAUGCUCCACGGGGGUCCAUUGCUGGAAACCGCGUCCAUGAGGGACCUUGGAAAUGGCGAGGGUGGUUAUGUGGCAGACGCACUAGGGAGAGCCAUGCUGCUUCCCACUGACAUGGAUGGGUUGAAGAAAAUGAGGAUGCAAGAGGUUUUCCUCAGCACGAAGAGGCACUUGGGCAUGAGUAAGGCGGUCGAGAAUGAACGCUCCAAGCGCAUAGAGGCCACGCGGACUCUCAAAACUUCCGAGGAUGACCUCGCCAAGGCCAAGGCUGCCUUAACAGAAGCUAUCCGAGAUAGGGAUAGCACCUCGGCGGGUUUAUCUAGCGCCCAAAAACAAGCCGAGGACCAAACAAAACGUUUGCUAGAAGCCGAGGAUCAGUUGCGAAUAGCCAAGGAGCAAAUCAGUGACUUAAAUAAAAGAUUGAUCCUGGCAGAGAAUGACAAAGGUGUGGCGGAGUACGCUCGGGACGAAGCCAUGAGGGCCAAGCAGGAGGCUGAGUUUGCCAGAAACGUGACUGAGGCUGCCAAGGAAACGGCCGAGGAUGAGGGUUAUAACGCAGGGGUUUGGGAAAAGGCCUUGAAGCGAGCUGGGGUGGAUGCUUCGUCUGAUUUGUGGAAAGCGGAGAACAUAUUCUACCCUACAGCCAUCCGUGAGGACACCUCCACCAGCUCCAAGGCUGUAAGCGACCAACAUGAGGGAGGGGUCAUUCAGUCGGAUACUGUACAUGUCGACGUCUCUCCUGGCCAGCCGCUUAAAGAGGGAGAGUUUUAG